AGAGCGCAAAUACCACUUCUGGAAGUAGCUUCUCUGUGGAGCGGCUCAUUGACCAGCUUAAGAAGAAGGAAAACGACAUUACAUAGUGAGAUCUGAUCUCAAGUGUCGUCAGCACAAUUUAAAAGCAUAUUUACAAACCCUCGAUUUUGGUUUGUAGCAACUGUCGCCAUGUCUGUGCUUUCAAUCAUGAAGAAGGGCCGCCAGCAGGCCAAAGAACAGAACGCCAAGGAUAUGGAGAAGGCGAAGCAGGAGACAGCCAAGGCCGCCUACAAACACGUACCAACACAUGCCGGAACUGACGCGUUGUCGGGCGCACCAGCCGGCUCGAACCUGGAUUACCGCUCCAGGAUCAGGGAGCAAAAUCGGAAAAGGAACUCUAUGACUGCAGUAGAGACGCGUCCAGGCACUUUACCGAGAGUCUCCAGCUCGCUAUCUAAUGUGUCUUAUCCUUCGACUUCUGCAAGCCCUGUUGUACCGGUAUCUAGAGUACACAGCUUCAACAGCCUCCCUCCAACUUGGCAGCACAUGUCCCCGGGGAACUCUGUGGCACGAGACGACUUCUCGCAUUCCAAUAGCAGGAAAGGAAAGGAGCGGGAGUUGAUUCCGCCUGUCCCUCCGUUGCCUCCUUUUACCCAAUCCAUGUUGGGAGUUGGUGGUCGAACCCGUGUGAAGCCGAAUGGAAGCUCAGGAAACUCCAGCUCAUCCGAGGAAGAUCUUGAGGUUGGCCACAAGCGCCCCGUAUCAUAUAACUAUAGUACUCCCGGAAACACUUCUGGAAGUGCUUUGAGUGUAUCUGGUUCCCCACGCAAUCCUGUUACGAGUGCUGCCUCCCAUCAUUUCCCUCAAUCACACCAACGCACAAUGUCUGCUCAGUCAAUCUCUCGUGCCCAUCGGUUCGCUGCACCUCGGCCGAUGAACCAUGCCGCUUUGAGCAUUCCAGGUUCACCGCCAGCAUACCCAGUUCCUCCGAUUUCAUCCAUCGACUCAGUGUCAAGCUCUCCAGCAAUGUCAAACUCAUAUGCUUCAUCUGCAAGGUCCAAGGGGUCUUCCGCACCAAGCUCUGCUGCAACAACUCCUGCUGCCAGUGUCAUUGCUGCGUUCCCUUCUGCAGACAAAUUACCGUCGCUGAGUCUAGAUCAGUCUGCCAAGCAUAGGAUGGAUACAGUUAAGCAACGAGGUCCAGCCGUGGAAAUUGAAGCCCCCAAUGAGAUGAAGAAGAAGCGUUGGUCGUUUCUCACUUCUAAGCGUCAAGCUGCCACGACAGCAUAACACAUGCAGAUACAUGUUGCAUAUGUUUCCUCACAUUCUAUGGUAGCAUACUGCACAUUAUCCAACUUUAAUCAUAAUUUACAUAGAUGCAGAACGCAAUCUGUACACACAGGACGUUGACAAUGGGUUGAAAUGAUUCUUUUAGCGAGCAGUUGAUUUACUACGGUACACAAUAUAUACUACAUACUUAGACUUCGGAUUAAGCAC